AAACCACAAUUGGGACGACGAAGAAGAAGUAGACGUCCCCUUCUCUGUCAAGACAUACAAGGUCGUUGUGAAGCCGGAGCCAUGAUGACUCUUGCUACCCGGUCAGGGGCUUUUUCGUCUUAUAUGCAGGCUACAGCGGUUGCGGUCGCUGGUCCCCUAAAAGCUCUGGUACCUGGCGUUGUUGUAAAGGGAGAAAAGAUUUUGUUUAACCCAAAAAAACAGUUCCUUUGCCGCGAAUCGUUGACCGGACAAAGCCCAAAGACGGGGCCUGCUGUGACAGUCAGCGUCAAUGGCUGUGCAGGAGUCCGAUUUGCCCACACAGACAUCAGGAUACCAGACUUCUCUGACUACAGGCGCCCAGAGGUCCUCAACCCCAACAAGUCCUCACAGGAUAGCAGUGAAUACAGAAGAACCUUCUCAUACCUGUUUACUGGUGCCACAACCAUGGUGGGCGUCUACUCUGCCAAGACAGUGGUUACUCAGUUUGUUUCUUCCAUGAGUGCCUCCGCUGAUGUACUGGCGCUGUCAAAAAUUGAAAUCAAGCUGAGUGACAUCCCUGAAGGUAAGAACAUGACCUUCAAGUGGAGAGGUAAACCGCUGUUUGUCCGUCACCGCACUGAGAAGGAGAUUGCCACAGAGGCCACCGUGAACAUGGCAGAGCUGCGAGACCCCGAGCAUGACAAGGACCGUGUCAUCAACCCUAGCUGGGUCAUCGUUCUUGGGGUGUGCACACAUCUUGGAUGUGUUCCCAUUGCCAAUGCUGGUGACUUCGGGGGUUACUAUUGCCCCUGCCACGGCUCGCACUAUGACGCCUCAGGCCGAAUUCGAAAAGGCCCUGCCCCCCUCAACCUGGAGGUUCCCUACUAUGAGUUUCCAGACGAUGAGACAGUAGUUGUUGGAUAAAUAACACUCUUCAGACUGAGCUCUCAUUGUAACAUGACAGAUAUCUGUAGAUAAGUACAAAGGUGUACUCGAGAGUGAAGAAAAUAAUGGAGUGUUUGUGUAUUAUUAUUAUUAUUGGUUCUGACAACUGUUGACAUCUGUUCCAGCUGCUGCUCUGCUGUAUCUCUUACUCACUUAAGGUCUCCCGAACAUAACAGCAACAUUACCAUGCAGUCCUCUCCUCUGAUUGUCUUUAAUGUAAUACAGUAACUUAACAGAAUGAAAUAAGCCUUAUUUCUAUUUUUAAAUAGAAAUGAUUUAGAAUAUGGUGUGAUUUAAACGGGUGAACACUUAGAAGAUGCCCUCCUCUCUUUUUCUGUGUAUUAUGUGAACAUGAAAUAAAAAUGUCUGCUUAUCUUAGGUUGUAGUCCAUCUGAUUAGCAAAGAACAAAUGAUAUGUUCAGGUCUGGUUAAUAAAGAUUUCUAUUUUAUUU